GGCCGCUGGGAAACAUUUUAUACGCAGCCCAAAAGUGAUGUUUUCUGAAACGUCACUUCACUCUGGGUGUCACAUCGACUUCCGUUUAUGGCGUAAGAAUUGAAAGGCGUGAUCGAAGUGGCUCCCAAAGUGAAGUGGUUUUUCUAUAUUAAUUGCAGAAGAGAAGAACUCAAAUUAAGUGACAAUCGAGAGAAGAAGUGCUAAAGUAAAGAAUUGAGAAGGAAAAUAAGUGUAAAGUGAAAGAAGAAGAAAUAAAUUGGUGACGGGAAAUUUGCCUUUGAUUUCCACGUGCUGCAUCAUCAUUUUCCAUCCCACACACCCAACGUUGACGACUCUUUGCAUUGCUUCCGGACUCUUCUGGCCACGAAGGACAAGAAUUUUUGUCCUUCGACCGGCACUGGCCCGAUUACUAAUCGUUCUUUAUCUUUCAAGGUGUGUGGGCGGCUACAUUAGGAGCUUACUGACCUGGCUUUCUUACUAAUCUAUUUCUGCGUGUAUUUAAAGGUGUGUGAGGACACGUGUUCUGGGCAUAUUCACCUGGAUUGGCUAGGAAUCUGAUUCUAACUUGUAUUUCUGCGUAUACUUAAAGGUCAGUAGCUGAGCUUACGCAAUCGCGCGUACAUUUUGUCCUUCGAGCCGGAUCUGGCCCGAUUACUAAUCGUUCUUUAUCUUUCAAGGUGUGUGGGCGGCUACAUUAGGAGCUUACUGACCUGGCUUUCUUACUAAUCUAUUUCUGCGUGUAUUUAAAGGUGUGUGAGGACACGUGUUCUGGGCAUAUUCACCUGGAUUGGCUAGGAAUCUGAUUCUAACUUGUAUUUCUGCGUAUACUUAAAGGUCAGUAGCUGAGCUUACGCAAUCGCGCGUACAUUUGGUCCAUCGAUCCUCUUGCUUGGAUCAGCGCAGCUUCAAGAGCGUCUAGAACUUCUGCUUCAUCCCAGUGCAUCGGUAGAGAGGGCUCCAUUAUGUCUCUGGAAAUCCGGGGAGCAAUUUUGGCCAGAAUUGCCGCAGUGGAACGUUUCGUAGAUGACAUCACUGACGUUGAUAAACAGCUGGCUGGCUAUUCUGCAAAUUUAGCCAAUCAGUUGGACAUCGUAUUGGCAUUGAGACAGCAAUAUCUCAACGUUCAGGAAGAAAUCAUCGUCAGCAAGGAACUUGAGCUUCACAAGGCCACUGAAAUUGUCAAUCUCGAAGACUUCACUCAACGCUGCGACUUGCUGGUGGCCAAACUCAAAAAACUCCUCGCUGAUGCUCCCGGAUCUCCUACAGAUGGGAAGCCAAUCCCCACGGCUUCCGGGGAGUUGAUGCAACAAUUUCUCGCCUUCAUGCAACAAUCAGAAAAGCGUUAUCACGCGGCGGAGGUGCAGAAUCGGGAGAGUAUGCAAAUGCUUAUCAACACUCUGAAGGAACUCCCGUUGGGUGCCCCUAGCGGCUCUGCACUCCCCGUGAUAACAGUCAAGCUCCCUCAACUGCAACUACCUACCUUUGAUGGGACGUAUGGCUCAUGGCAUACGUUCAAGGAUAGAUUCACUGCUUCAGUGAUAAAUUAUCCGCACAUUUCCGACGUCCAGAAGCUUGAAUAUCUCAAGUCAGCUGUUUCCGGUGAUGCUGCAUCUUGCAUCAAACACAUAAACACCACCGGAGUUAAUUUCAUUGUCGCUUGGAGAAUUCUCAUCGACAAGUUUGAGAGGAAGAACGACAUCGUAGCGGAACAUAUCAAACCAUUCUUCGCUAUGCCCCAGAUGUCCUCAAGCCCACAAGCCAUUCACGACAUUACCAACAUCGCUACAGAGUGCACAAUGGCUUUAGAUGCAUUGCGUGUGGUUCAACGCGACCCAUGGCUGAUUCAGUUCAUCCUUGAGCGCAUCGAUACUGAAUCUCGCGUGCUAUGGGGUCGUGAAUGCGGACCAGAGAUUCCCUCUUUGGGCAUGUUCAUCAAGUUUCUCAAUCAACGGUGUCUGGACGUCAGGAAUUCAGCUCAAGCUUCAACCAAACCACCUUCCGGGGGAGACCAGAAUGCUCGUUCACAUUCGAGUAAAUCACAGCCUAACAAACAUCAUGCUUCAGCCUUCAUCAAUUCUGCUAGUUCCGAUAUAUGUCGGUGCUGUAAGGAGUCCUCUCAUCCGCUCGACAAGUGCCCCAUCUUUCUGCGUCAAUCCCCGGACGAGCGGUUUGAGACGGUCAAGCGUUUGAGUCUGUGCAGGAACUGCUUCGCGACACACAUGACUCACUCUUGCACCUACAACAGAUGUCGCAAGUGCCAGGGGCGGCACAAUGUCUUGCUUCAUGAAAAAUACAGUUCUACCACUGGAGAUCCAAGCACCUCCAGUCCAUCUGCAUCAACGGUAGACAAUGCUUCAGACGCUCAAAGCUCCACUAGCUCCACGGGGUCUUCUGCCACUGUUGCUAUCUGUUCUGCAUCGGGAAUCCACCACUCUGAUUCACCUCCAAGAGUUUUUCUUGCGACGGCUUUGGUGGAUCUCCAAACAGCAGCUGGCAAGGCGAUCCCAUGCCGCAUACUACUGGACAGUGGUGCUCAAAUUAACGUCAUUGCUUCAGAUCUAGCGAACCUUUCGAAUCUACCGAGACAUCCAACAUGCAUCUCCGUCGAUGGCCUUGGCGCCACGACCUCUCGCGCUAGAUUCUUUGUGAACGCGACCGUAGUUUCCAAGACUACCGGCAUCCGCAUCGCAUUGAAAUGCUACAUCUUGCCUCAAAUCCCAGGCACGUUUCCCAAUUGGCCUGUGGAUUCCUCCAAAAUGCGCAUCCCUCAAGAUAUUCCCCUGGCGGAUCCGGAUUGGGCGGUGCAACGCCCUGUGGACAUUCUCAUCUCUGGCAAGCAUUUCUGGGAUUGCUUCCUUAGCGAUUUCAUCUCACUGGGCCCAGGACGUCCCAUGUUGAAAGCUUCAGUGUUUGGCCAUGUGGUUGUGGGAGAAGAUGAGGUUAUGUCUGCCUCAGAUUGCUUAACGUUCAUUGCCACAACUCCGGAAUCUUCUUUGCAUCAAGUCAGGGCAGUUGAGGAUGUGCCUGUGAAGCUUUUACAAUUGGAGAAUCAAUUUGCAUCACCAUCUCAUUCAGCUUCGGCUCAUCAGUGCAUUGUGGGUGAAAAUCUUCUGCCUCUGCUUCUCUUUCAUCACCCUCUAUGCAUUCUUGUUGAGUCGCGCGGGUUUGUCAUCCGACAAUUCCACGCAUUGGAACACAAGUUCCACAACGUUGCCUUGCAAAUGCCUCACUGCAAGGCUCUUGAUGAUCUACAGUGUGUUCAGUGGUUGAAGCCCCUCUGUGACGACUCCAAUAGGAGUCCUACUCAAUGCGUGCAUCAUCACAGAGCGCUCACCCAUCUGACUCGAAUCAUGCUUCAAAAAUCUCUUCAAGAAGACUGCAUUCAGCCUCAGCCUGAGUCGUCGGGGUCAACUUGGUUGACUCAUUUAUCUUUGCCCAAUAUACAGUCCACUACCGCUCACUGUUGCAGAAUUCUGACACAAAGGAAGUACCAAGUUCAGAACAUCAUGCCAGUGUCAGAAUUCAGGAACGCUUCACAUUGCAUCUCGUGUGUGCACCAGCUGAGAAUCCUCGAGAGAGCUGCAGAGAACAUUGCGCAGCCGGGGAGCAUUCAGCCGCGCAAUUGGAAGUGGCUGAAUACUCUGCCAUUUCCCCUCGAUCCCCGGACAUUGAGUUAUCAGGAAGGUCACAUGCUACACCAAGAUAAUCAUCCCAUCGUCUUGCCAAAGCUCAAUCGCCUGAAGUUCAGCAUUUGGCAAGAAUACUUCCGGCAACUCCAACCAAUCCAUUGCUGGCGAAAGGAGAAUCUUCCGCAGAACAUAGACAUUCAUCAGCUUGCGGAGGAGAAAUCUCUGUGCUCCUAUCGGUCGGAAGACCGAAUGGACCACACCGGGGAGAAUGUUGGGGCCGCUGGGAAACAUUUUAUACGCAGCCCAAAAGUGAUGUUUUCUGAAACGUCACUUCACUCUGGGUGUCACAUCGACUUCCGUUUAUGGCAAGAGAAGAACUCAAAUUAAGUGACAAUCGAGAGAAGAAGUGCUAAAGUAAAGAAUUGAGAAGGAAAAUAAGUGUAAAGUGAAAGAAGAAGAAAUAAAUUGGUGACGGGAAA